UAUGUUUGAUAUGAUUUGCUUGCAGGUUAGAUAACCUUCCUGAAAUGUGUGGAAGAUUUGUUGACUCCGGAAGUGAUUGACGGCAUGCUCUUUCGUGUGUUCAUAUUUGCGCAGAUACUGCGCAUGCCACAUGGAUGUUCUAUCAAUAAUCAGUUAAAGCAUUUGAGUCAUGCAGAUGUAUAGUGUAUAGAUUUAUUUUUUGGAUAGUGCAGCCUAAUGUUUUAUUUUUUAGUGUGUUGGAUAGGAUAUCAUUGUGGUGAGCUGGUCUUGAGUUCAGUCUAACGUUACCUACCUCGUCUUUCUCGCAGAAUUCAAUGGAAGGGGAACGUGUCGACGGAGAUACUCAAGUCCACACGAUGAAUAACAAACCUGGGAAAAAGCAAAGCAACACAACCAAGAGGACUAUACAGUCUAACACUAAUGGGGUUACUUUCAACUCCAUCCGAAUAAAAAAAGAACCAGGAGACUUUGAACGGAAGGAAAUUGGUGACCAUUCCAAACGUCCUUUGCUGGAGAAGCAAAAGCACGUCAAGCAGCAUCAAACUACGUCCAACCAAGCGACCCGGUGUAGCAAGAUAUCGAGGAGUCCUGUGGUGAUACUAACAAAAUUGUCCAACGUGGUGCUUAAGACUCUUCUGAGAGAAACUAAAGUGCGUUUGGUGAAGGAGGAGACAGAUGCCAGGAGGGAUGAAGACAACAGUGAAGUCUCUUCUCCGCAGUUCUUUCCUUGUCCACACUGCACCAUCUCCUUCACUGACUGUUACUUCCUGGAGAACCACAUCAAGACCAAACACCAGAAGCAGUACCUGGCCAUGCUGAAAAGCCAUGUCUCAAAGAGUAAAACCGUGUACGCCCCCACACACAGCUGUCCCCAGUGCAGCUGCAUGUUCCAUACCCCACGACAGCUACACAUCCACACCCGCCAGGCCCACCCCUCCGCCCUUCCCCAGAAACCUGCCCGUCCCCCCAGGGUUCCGGGGAAACUCCACCCCUGCCCGCAGUGUGCCCGUAGAUUCCCGUACCUGGGAACCCUGCUGAAGCACUGCAAGAAUUUGCACAAAAUGGCUGUUUUUCGCACCGAUGGUCAUAUCAGUUGUGCUGACUGUGGGAAGAGCUUUGAAAAUUGCUGGGGACUAGGGCCACACCGGUGUCAAGAACCAGAGGGCACUAAACCUAAGGACACUAAGACGGUGGUCUGUCUGGAAGUCGGUUUCCAUUGCUCAGAGUGUGGGAAGAUCCUCAGUACUCCUACGAGCCUGGACACUCACAUGCGCAUCCACACUGGAGAGAAGCCGUACGAAUGUAAGGAGUGCGGCAAGCGCUUCUCAGAGAACAGCGGUUACCGUUAUCACUCGUUAAUACACUCGGGGCUCAAGCCGUUCAAAUGCCAGGACUGCGGGAAGACUUUCAAACGGAAGUCGCUCCUCUGGACUCACAUGUCGGUUCACACUGGUGAGCGGAAGUUCUCCUGCACCCAAUGCGAUAAGCGGUAUGCAAGCAGGGCCCAUCUGAAGCUUCACCUGCGAACACACUCGGGGGAGAGACCUUUCAAAUGCACCGUUUGUGGUAAAGACUUUGCUGACAAAGCUUAUCUGAAAACACACUUGAAGAUCCACAGCAACGAGAAGAACUACCACUGUGGGGUUUGUGGGCGGGCGUUCUUGAGGCUGGGGUUGUUGAAGUUACACAUGCGCUCACAUACCGGGGAGAGGCCCUACCACUGCACAGUGUGCGACAAGAAAUUUUUCAGACUCUCACACCUGAAGAACCAUCACCUGACUCACACGGGUGAGAAACCAUACACCUGUACCGAGUGCGGUAAAAGCUUCACUCAGUCUGGGGAUCUGUCCAAGCACAAGCUCCUACACACUGGGGAGAAGCCAUUUGAAUGCCCUGAAUGCCCCAGCCGGUUUAACCGUUCUGGUUCUCUGUCCAGUCACAUGAGGACCCACACUCACCGUGAUAUAAAGCCAUACUCCUGCCAAGAAUGUGGGAAGAGCUUUUAUGAACAGAGUCACGUCAAAGUCCACAUGAAGACCCACACAGGGGAGAGACCGUAUCCCUGCCCCCACUGCCUUUUCAGCUUCACUCGGAAAGCACAUCUCUCCAAACACCUGCCUAGAUGUCGUAAAUGAUCCAUGGUUGCCAUUUUUUAUUACACCUUUUUUAUUAUGAAAUUCAUUGUAUUCAUAGGAAUCACUUUUAGAUGAAUCCACCACAGUAAAACAAUAAUGUUAUAUAGUCAUGGAAUACAUUGAAACAUUAUUAUACAGAGCAAAAAUAUAAACGCAACAUGUAAAGUGUUGGUCCCAUAUUUCAUGGGCUGAAAUAAAAAAUCUCAGAAAUGUUCCAUAAGCACAAAAAGUUUAUUGCUCACAAAUUUGUUUACAUCCCUGU